GUUCAGUUGCCAUUUGUUUGAUAUGAACUGUUAAAGAUAAGAUCCACUUAAUAGUUGAUACGAGAUUCGAUUUCCGUUGUUUUGACCUCUACGUCCUCACUUUUCAUACAUAAGUAGAGUUUACACAAACACACGCUCACGUGCGUGCACACACACACACACACACACACACACACACACACACACACACACUCGUGUGCGCACAUAUUAACUCUCACACACACACAUUUACAUAUACGUAUACACAUAUCCAUAUGCACAAAUAAAUUUGCGUUUCUGUAUAAAUACAUAUGAUUUUACACAGGCUGGCGCGAAACAAACUUGAGAAGAACUAAUUCAAAAUAUGCUUUUCUUAAAUCAUUUCUUUCUAUUAAUGACCCUAUCUCUUUUGUUCAUGUCUCAUGGGACUAGUUUACCAGAAACAUUAUUUGGCAAAGCCUUCGCCGUUAUCUGGAAUGGACCAACCGAAAAAUGUGAGACAAAAUAUGGGAUUACUUUUAAUUUUUCUCAGUAUGACAUUAUCGAUAAUACCCAUGAUAUUUUCCAAGGUGACAAGAUGGUGAUUUUUUACAACAAUCAGCUUGGAUUGUAUCCCUACAUCAUGCAGAACGGAAACGUGAUAAAUGGUGGCAUACCGCAGAAAACUAAUUUGAAAGAACAUUUAAAACAAGAAAAAGAGGAUGUCAAAGCAACGAUAUCUGCAAUGAACUUCACCGGUCCAGCAGUUAUUGACUGGGAAAAUUGGCGCCCUUUAUUUCAAAGGAACUUUGGUAAUAAGAGAAUUUACCAAUCUGCUUCUAGAAAAUUGGUAAAGAGACAACAUCCAACGUGGAAUAGAAGUCAAAUAAACCGAGAAGCCAAAAUAGAAUUUGAGAGAGCUGCCAGAGAAUUGAUGGAAUCUACUUUAAAUUUGGGUGAAAAAUUACGAAAUGGAGCAAGAUGGGGAUUUUAUGGUUUCCCCAGAAUCUACAGAAAACACCUAAACAAAACCAGAAUCGACAACGACAGGCUUGACUGGUUAUUUUCUUCAAGUACUGGAUUAUAUCCAUCAAUCUAUCUGCACUCUAAAUACGACUCUUGGCAGAAGAAAUACAAUUUUGUUACGAAUACUUUAAACGAAACCUUUCGAAUAUAUGACAAAUUUUGUUUACGAAAUAAAACAAUCGUGGUGCCCUAUGCCAGAUUUCGAUACACGAAACCUGAAGUCUUUUACGUGAAGAAUGAACUAAUGCUUUCCUUAUUACUACCAGCUACAAUAGGCAGCGCUGGUGUAGUUCUUUGGGACAGUUCAUUGGAUUUUAGAAACCAAAGACAUUGCCAACUUAUGAAAAAUUAUCUAACCACAACCCUGGGGCCUUUUGUUAAAAGGUUGACCGAAACUUUCCAAUUUUGCAGCGAGAGUUUGUGUAACGGUAAUGGUCGCUGCGUGCAGCCACCGGAGACAAUCAAUGGCAGGUUUCGGGAUGUAAGGAAGAUAAAUACCAUAGGCUACUACAAGAGAAAAUAUUUUGAGAGGCAAGAAUUUAAAAUUCUCCUCAGGAUGAUGAACAAUGAUGUGUCACAUACAUUCGAAAGAGAUAUCAAAAAAACGUUUGCCUGUAAAUGUUACUUAGGGUGGAAAGGGAAACAUUGUCAAUUCCACCAACGUUCAUUUCAAUAGAUUUUAGACCUCAAUACAGUUCUCUUGCUUUUAUGGCAGUAGUGUAGUGCAUACAUUCAAAUUUAACUAAAAGUACAUACGUAUCUAUCUAUCUAUCAUCUGUCUGACUGUCUUGCUCAUCACAUCUUAUGUUUAAUAAUUGACCUUUAAUAAAGUGAUAAUAAAUUUUUUUUAAAGGCUAAUAUUUUCUGAAUUAAUUAUUGCAAACUAUAUAAUUAAAGCAUAAAUAUUUAAAGUUU